AGGACUGGGGGGGAUGGAGGAUUAUUGGGAGAUACUGGAAGCACUUGGGGCACUCGGGGCUGGACACUGGGCCCAGAACUCACUCCCCGCACUCCCGAACCGCCCCGGAGUCCCCAAACGACGCUCCGGACUCCGCUCCGGACGGCCCCAGGCCGCCCCCGGGCAGGACGCGCCCCGGGCAGGACGCGCGCCGUCCGUUCCAAGCGGCCCAGCUCCGCUGUGGCGGGAGAGGAGGCCGCGCCCCCUCCGCGCCUCACAAACGGAACCGCCGCGGCGGGAACGGAGCGCGGUGAGAGCGGAGCGGCGGCGGGGGGAGAACGAGGGGCUUGGGGGAGAGAACGCUGGGAAUCCGGGCAAGCCCUUGUGUCCCAGCAGUGACCCCAUUUCCCUACGGGAUUUUCUGCCCCGAUGGCGACAGACGAGCGGGCAACGCUGCUGGAUGUGCACCGGGCGCUCUCGGAAGAGCAGUUCCAGAACCUGAAGUACCUACUGGAAAGCAAAAUUCCUGCCGGGCUUGUGCUCCAGGCAUCGCGCCCCGAGUUGUGCCGGAUCCUCCUCCAGCGCUUCCCGGGGAAUUCCCUGCAUGUGACCGCCGGGAUCCUGCGGCAGAUCGGCCGCCUUGACCUCAUCCAGCGCUUCCAGCUGCCCCUGGAAGAGCAAAUCCUGGAGGAAACGCCCAGGGAACCUAAUGGGGACACCCCCAACGUGACGGGGGACCCCACUUCAGGACAUCAUCCUGGAGGGAUUCCAGCUCCACCCGUGAAUCCCCGACGCUUGACAGAGAAGGAUUUGAUGACAGUCGCCCGAAGAUUGGGAAGAGAGUGGCAGGAGGUGGGAAUUCUGCAUCUAGGGCUGGAGCGGAGCCGGUUAGAGCAGAUCCAGGAGGAAAAUCCGAACAAUUCCAUCCUGUGGAGUUUCGAGAUGCUGCGGGAUUGGCAGCGGCGGCAGCGACAUGAAGCCACGGUGUCCCAGCUCCUAGCCUGCCUUGAGCAUGCGCGUCUUGAUCCCGAAAUCCUCGACUUCCUCCGGAGCCUCCAGGGGAAUUGAGGGACUCCCAAACUCCAUUUCUGGGGGAGGGGAGUGUGAUGUCAAAUUCAUAUAAAAUUGGGACCAUUAAAUGCUGUUUUAUUCCAUGAGUGUGGAGUUUUAGGAUGAAGCACCGAGAACAUCCAUCUUUACUCCUGAUUUAAAGAUCCCAGAAAGAAGUCCAGGCUCUGCUCCACUUCCUCAGGGAUGGACGCAGCAGGUUUUGCAGUACUCUCCCAAGAGUUUUUCAAGUACUAACAGAUCCUCUUCCCUACAAAUUCCAACCUCUAGAGCUUCAAGAAGUCAUGGGAAUGUCAGGAGAGUCACAAGGCCACAACAUCCUGAGCCCAGAAUCCACAAACUCCUCUGGAGCUUCCAGGGGAAUUAAGGGACCCCCUACACCCCAAACCCUAUUUUGAGGGUGGGGUUAUACCAAAUUAUUAUCGGAUCAGGACCAUUAAAUGUUGUUUUAUUCCAUAA